AUGCUGUACCUGGAGGACUACUUGGAGAUGAUCGAGCACCUCCCUCAAGAGCUCCGAGAUAGAUUCACAGAAAUGCGUGAAAUGGACCUCCAAGUUCAAAACUCGGUGGACUCUCUUGAGGAGCGUGUGAAGCAGUUUUUCAUCAACGCCAAGAAGUUCACCGCGGAGCAGCUAAACGACGAACGCGACAAGAUCAGUGCCGCCUACUAUCGGGCACUCGAAGACGCCGACGAGAAAGUUAACAUCGCAAACCAGAUCUUCGACCUAGUUGAACGAUACCUCCGGAAACUCGACCAGGAACUGCAGAAGUUCAAAAUUGAACUGGAAGCCGACAACGCGGGAAUCACCGAGGUUCUAGAAAAGCGAUCUCUGGAGUUGGACAACGCAAGCACUACUCCGAAUGCGGUAGCCACACCGGCAGCUACUGCAACCCCAUCCCGGCAGAGUGAAAAGCGCCGAGCUUCCGGAUCCCAUCACUCCCAUCCGGAGAAGAAGCAAAUCGUUGAGAAGAUGCAUGCACCGGAACCCUUGAUACGGACUAACCCAGUUACUCCGAACUCAUUGGCGCCACCGGCCCGAGUUGCCUCACCGUUGAGCAGAGCUUCGUCCGCGGAUUCCACCCGUUCGAACGAAGUUCUCUCGUCGCAAUUGGGCUUGGGCUCGCAAGCGAUUGCGGCGGCCGCAUCACAAGCGAUCGCGGCCACUCAACAGAUGCAGCAAGGGCGGAGGUCCGCAUCGCUGAAGGCCAGUUACGAGGCCAUCGCAGUGCAGAACUUGGCCGCCCGUGAGUUUACUCUAGGAUCUCGUGAUAUUGCGUCAUUGACACCGUCGACAGCGGCGGCGGCAGCCGUAGCGGCAGCGGCCUCUGUCAGCCACUCGACACCGACCGCAGCGAGCGGAAGCACUCCGAACAACUGUUCCACGCUCAGCAGCUCCAUAUCGGCUCUUCUCGAAGCUCCGUUGGCAACCCCUACGUCGCGUAAAAGCAGUAAAAAGGUCAGACCUUCGACUCAGAACAGCUCGGCGAACUCGGCUGCCCACCACCUGCUCGAUUCGACCGAUUCUGCCGGCCUGAGCGCGAGUCACGCGAAUGCCGCCGCUGCCGCCGCCGGUAACGAAGACGCCCAAGCGGCGGACAGCGCCGCGCCCUCGGCUUCGGGAACCACUGAGUGGCAGUACGAUCCUAAUGAACCCCGAUACUGCAUUUGCAAUCAAGUUUCAUACGGUGACAUGGUUGCGUGCGACAACGAAGGUUGUCCUUUCGAGUGGUUCCACUAUCCGUGCGUGGACAUCACCCAACCGCCCAAAGGCAAAUGGUAUUGCCCUCAAUGUACUGCGAGCAUGAAACGCAGAGGCAAAUUGCGUUGA